AUGAGGCUGCACGAUGGACCUUCGCUUAAAGCCUUCAUACACAGAGCCAAGGUAUUGGCACUCUAUCGAAACUUUUUGAGAUCGACGAGAUCGACGCCCACGCUAGAAGCACGUCAUGAGACAAUCGCAUGGUUCCGUUAUGAAAUCGAGCGAGCACGACUCGAAACAGAUGCCGGGCGAAUCCAAGCUUAUAUGAUGAAUGGACGCAUGGUGCUUAAUCAACUGGAAGGUAUGUCCAUGCUAAAUGCGUCAGAUUCAUCAUUUCCUCAACUUCGCGGCAAACGUAACCUGCUAUAA